GCAGGACUUCCAACCCUAAUCCUACAUAAAUCAACCAAAACUAUCCCGGAUCACAAUUCAUGGAACAUGCUGAAUCCAGGCGUCAGAUCGGUCUUUAAAUUGUAAAUAUGGCAUCACGCUCUAAUGCACUGAAGCCAAAACUAUUGGCAUUCAAAAACACCAACAAGUCAAGACGCCUUUUUGUUGUUUCCAACCGUUACAAUGUCGUCGACUCUUGGGAGAGCAUUGCCUACCGAAUCAGACGUCGAUGAUGGUGUCGCUGUUGGAGAAACAGGCGGUACUGAGAGUUCCUCGACCAACUCGACCACUGGGAUGCAAGGGAUGCCGAUGUUCCCCAACCCAAGGCCGUCGUCUCCUGAGGCUAGGAGAAUAUUGUCCACCGAAUCCGUCCCCACCCCCAAUCAGAGUGUAGCUAGCGACAACUCCCAUCCAGUCCAGAGUUCUCGCUCUGCGAUUCUUGCAGAAACAGACAAUGGUGGUACUUCUCAGUUUAACUUAUUUGCGUGGCUGCUUCUCAAAUUGUCCACCUUCUACUACACCUUAGGUGAAAUUGCAGCUGGACGCAAAUACCAUGGACUCGAGGAAGCUUCGCACCGCAGAGACACUUACAAUGUUGUCAUUUUUGGACAAACAGGCGCUGGUAAAAGUUCCUUGGUCAACUUGAUUACGAAGACGCAGGCAGUGCCAACAUUCUCCAACGCCGGGGGAU